AUGCAUACGCGCGGCCCCGCGCCGGACGCAGGCCUGGCGGGACCCUCCCCCAACUCAGAGCGGGGAGGGGCGUCCCGCGGUAGGAAAAGAGCGGCGCUCGGCCCCAGCGCAGAGCUGGCGCAAGCUCUCCCGCGAAGGCGAGGGGCUCUGCCCACGUGCUCUGGCAGUCGCCACCGUGACCACUGCACGCUUGAGAGGGGCAGCGGCUGGGGAUCCGGUACCCCAAGGCUCCCUUUCGGACAGCUAGAGAAGGCCUUCUCACCGACGGUGCGUCACCCCCACCCAUCGACUCUCCCCUUUGGGCCCACGGAGGCGCUCCACGAGCCGCCAAGUCCACGACUGGGCGGGGGGUGGGCGGGGGGUCUGCGGUAUGGGAAGUAUAGGGAAGAGGUUACUCCCCAGCCUUCUCAGGUAUCCAAAGCAUACCUAAGAAGCUGGCAGUCCGUUGCUUAUUCUGUUGCCGCCACACAGUCUAAGCACUUUGGGAGCCAGAACCCAAGUUGUAAGAUUACGAUCGUCCACCCAACCAUGGAAGAAUUUGAAGAUUUCAGCAAAUAUAUUGUUUACAUGGAGUGGCAAGGUGCACACCGAGCUGGCCUAGCCAAGGUAAUUCCACCGAAAGGAUGGAAAGCCAGACAGAUGUACGAUGAUACCGAUGACAUCUUAAUAGCCGCUCCCCUGCAGCAGGUGACCACUGGGCAGGCAGGUGUGUUUACUCAGCACCACAAAAGGAAGAAAGCCAUGACUGUGAGCGAGUAUCGCCGCUUAACAAACAGUGAAUGACACCAGACUCCAUUCUACUCUGAUUUUGAGGAUCUGGAGCGAAAAUAUUGGAAAACACGCCCCUAUGAUUUACCAGUAUACGGUGCGGACGUCAGUGGCUCCUUAUUCGAUGAAAACACGAAGCAGUGGAACCUUGGACACCUGGGAACCAUUCAGGACCUGCUGGAACAGGAGUGCAGAGUGGUCAUCGAAGGCGUCAACAUCCCCUACCUGUACUUCGGCAUGUGGAAGACCGCCUUCGCCUGGCACACGGAGGACAUGGACCGUUACAGCAUCGACUGCCUGCACUUCGGGGAGCCCAAGUCUUGGUACGCGGUGCCCCCGGAGCACGGCCGGCGCCUGGAACGCCUGGCCAGGGAGCUUUUCCCGGGCAGCUCGCGGGGCUGUGAGGCCUUCCUGCGACACAGGGUGGCUCUCUUCCCCACGGUCCUCAAGGACAACGGCAUCCCCUUCGGUCGGGUCACUCAGGAGGCUGGAGAGUUCAUGGUGACGUUUCCCUAUGGCUACCACUCUGGCUUCAACUGCGCGGAAGCCAUCAAUUUUGCCACCCAGUGCUGGAUCGAUUAUGGCAAAGUGGCCUGGGAAUAG